GUUUUAAAUGUCAUUGGUCCCUCUUUCCUCUUCUAUUUUAACAGGCUUUUUUUAAAUUAAAACGUCAUGUUACGAUUAUGGUACCCGAUUUUAUUCUGGCUUAUUUGUGCAAUAGCGCAAAACCUGUAAAGAUAGAAGAAGCUGUACCGACUUUAUUAAAUGUGCUUAGACAAGAAAUAAAUAAUCCUGUAAUGUGAUACCGGUUUUAUGAAUCAAACCUAUAUUCUGUCCAUGGUCUGAUAUACAAAACAAUCGCUGUCAUAACAACAGUUCCUUUCGGUUUAUCGAUACUAUAUGUUAUUUUUUAAAGAAAGAAUAAAGAUAUGGGUGAAACUGGAAUAUCAGUUCAUCAUCUCACUAAUGAUCCUACAGAAGCUUGGAAAGAUAUAGCAAGGGGACAGAAGGUUUUAAAGUUGAACGUUAAGAUACCACAGACUCCAGUUGAUGCGAACAAAGUUAGAUUUGUUUGUAUGAGUGAUACUCAUUCUUUGAUUAGGAAUAUAAUGUUUGAUAUACCUGAUGGAGAUAUUUUCAUUCAUGCUGGAGAUUUUACCAAAUGUGGACAAAAAGAAGAGGUGAUCCAAUUUGACAAUUGGUUAGGCUCUCUUCCUCACAAACACAAAAUUGUAAUAGCAGGCAAUCAUGAAUUGAGCUUUGACAAGAAGUUUGCUGAGUAUUUCAAAAAACUGAUGAGUGCUCGACUAGAAAAAGCAUCCUUUAGUGUUGAUGAAGAAGUGCCAAACUAUGGGAAUGCGAAAGAUAAUUUAGGAGAUGCAGUAAAUACACAAAACAUUAGGCAAUAUCUAACAAAUUGUAUAUAUCUAGAAGAUAAUGGAAUUGAAUUGUAUGGAAUUAAAAUAUAUGGUUCACCAUGGCAACCUGUUUAUAACAACUGGGCAUUCAACUUGGAAAGAGGGGCUGAAUGUCUUUCUAAGUGGAACAAAAUUCCUGAUGAUACAGAGAUACUCAUAACACAUACUCCACCUGUUGGCCAUGGUGACUUGGCUUGUUCUGGCGUGAGAGCAGGUUGUGUUGAGCUUCUAAACACAGUACAGAAGAGGGUCAAGCCGAAGUACCACGUUUUUGGACACAUACACGAAGGAUAUGGCGUGACAUCAGACGGCAAGAUAAUUUAUAUAAAUGCUUCUACCUGUGAUAUUAAUUACAUCCCCACUAAUUUGCCGGUAGUUUUCGAUGUACCGCUGAAAAAUGGACAGCAAAAGGAGGCAUAAUAUAUCACCAUGUUAGAAGAUUUCUGUUCACUGCAUACAACAUCCCUUCCCUGACUAUACCAGUGUAUUGAUGAGAGAAGAUCCCAUAUUUGUUUCUCAGACAUGUAAAUCUAAGUGUUGUAAUAUGGGCGAAAUGUAUUUAGAUAUAGUAUCAAACCAACGCACGCUUUGAGUAUGAAGUGGAGAAUUUCGAUACUCAGUACAAAAUAGUACCUUUAUCUAAUCAGUCAGUAGCUUCAUUAUAUUUGGGUCAUUAUUUCAAGAAGGGGAUAUAUGUUUACCAAAACGUGCUCUAAAAAACCUUACACCAAUUUAUUUAUGUAGUGGUCAUGAAUUAUUAUUACUAUUUUUUCUGAAAAAGGACCGCUACCAGAAACUCUAUGUACGGAGGUGAGCAGUUGUGUUACGGAGAUGAGAAAUGGCCAUCAAAGUAUGUGUUGUCAGUAGACUGAAAAGAGCUAAUCGGAAAAUAAUAGACAUGUAGCAGACGAUUUAGUUUUAAGUAUAGAUUUCAAUUAAAUAGAGUGUUUGGGUCAAGGAGUAGUUACUUUUAGAUAGUAAAAAUUAAAAAAAAACGGCAUUUAGUCUCACAAGAUAUUUAUUUUUAUUAGCGAAACGCAAAAACUAAAAAGACAAAAAAGCUGCAUACGUCAACGUAAGUUCACCACUUCGGGACUUAUAUUAAAAAAAUGUUGGCCCCUUUUAAUCUGAGGCUUUUCUAAAACAGAAACAAUAUCACUAUUUAAAAUCAGUCCAAUGUCAUCGACGUUUGGAAAAAUGAAAAAAGUUCCCUUCGACGAUUUCCGGAAGUAUUUGACUGUAUAGUCGUUUUCAUUUUCUAUCGAUAAGAUUACUGCAACAUUCAUAAUGAUACUGAUUUUUUUCCCUGGUAUCUUAACCAAUGCGUAAUCGGCUACAUUCAUAUUCAAGGGACGUUUAACAAAUAAUGUUGAAAGAGGCAGCUUAUCCUCUGAACUGAACAAUUCUUCACUCGAGCUAUAAACAUCUUCAUAACAGAUACUGGUUUUCAUAACUGGUUAUUAAGUCGAGGAUCACAAAAGUAAAAAACCACUGAUAUUCUCAAAAAAACCCAAAAAUAUAUUUAACCAAUUUUUUAGAUUACAGAAAGUUGUGAAACGGAUUCUUGUUUGGUUGGAAAUGUCAUUUAAUGUGUCCGCCAAAAUUCCGUCACAAGAGCUAUUCGAGUUUUCAACGUCUUGCUCUGGUUUAUAUUGUACAGACCUCAAAUCAUAAUGCAUGCAUGCCUCUUCUGCAGAACAAUCAUUACAAGUUAAUUGUCUAAAGUGAAUAAUGGAAGGGUUUGCCUUGGUCCAAAGAGCCUCGUGGAUCUUCAUAGUACCCUUGAAAACUUCGAGUGAGUCCGGCAGCUUUAAAUCAAACUUUGAUAUGGCUUUAUCAUCUAUAGGCAAAACGAUAACAUCCUCCAACGUUUGUAGCUUAUCUGGUAGGGUCUCGUAAUCAGGAAUAUCUUCUCUGGCCACAAUACUAUCAGCAGUUCUCUUUACACACCCACCUAUGCCAUCUGGCGCUCCCUUGCCGUGGUCUCUCAGAAUAAUGCCAUCUAAGAGAAUUAGCAUCCAGUAAUUUGCCAAGCACCCUCAAAAAGAAAAACAUUUUCUUGUUUUUAUAUUGGGUGCUUGGCCCAUCACUCAAACAGUGGACUUCAUUUAAGAUUGGUCAUUUUCCUUUUAUAAUAUCCUGUAUGAUAGGAAGCAAAUGGGCGCAUAUUGAUGAUGGAUUAUGCCUAAACGAUUUGGAAAGUGUACAGUAUGGUGUUACAAGUAGUUCAGCUUCAUCUGUUCGGUGCUCGGUUUGCUGAUAGGUUACAACUGAGUGCAAGGUGAUCACACAUAAUUCUCUGAGAAGUCCAUGUGAAUCAAAACAUCAUGGUCCAAGAGAGCUUUUUUAAUUUGUCGAAUCUUUUAGUAGAUAUUGAUGGAGCAUGUUAAAAUGGUGAGUAAGCAAAGUUGGUAGGCUUUUCUGAAAUUCUAAUACCAAUUCUGCUUUGCUGCAGUAAAUAUUUUCCUUAAUAUUUUUAACGCAAACUUCUUCCUGGCCUUUCACCAACAGUUUCUCCUUUUUUGGCGCCCACUCCUCAUAUUUUAUAUGCUCAGUAGGAAUACAUUCUAAAAAUUCAACGUUUUGCCGUAAACGUUCAGGACAUUUUCUUUCAAAGCAUGCUUCCUUGAUUUUGUGUUCAGCGGAGCACGUUAUAUUUUUGAUAAUUUCGUUGCAGCUAUUUUCUUUAACAGAUAUUGUUGUAAAAUUUUAAUUUCGAAACCAUAUACUGGAAAUUGACGUGUCUUUCUUGAAAAUGGUAUUUUUUUAUUACUCUUCCUGAAACAGCCGCCAUCAGUUUCCUUCUUUCUUCUCUAUUAUUUUUGGACAAUACAGUUUCUUUUAUUUGAGUAGAUAAAACUGCCAAAAAAGUAAGGUUUGUUUAAUCUAAUUUGAAAUUAUUCGGCCAUCAAUCAUUCUCUGAACGUUAGGGUUUGGGGAAUCUUUGUCUGGGUUCUGAUUUCUAUAAAGCCUCUUCUUGAAUUUUUCUUUCUUAGCUUUUUCUCUUUUAAGUUCUUUCUUUAAUUUUUGAAUAUCUAAUCUCAACUUUCUUCUUCUUGAUGUUCUUUUACCUGCUGUCGAUAUUGCUGAUGUUGGCGUCUACGAAAUAGUUUGGUGCGUAGGGGUUUGCUCAGAAUUCUCACGCAUCGAGUGCGGCCGCAUUGUUCCCAAACCGUCCAUAUUUCCCUGCACGGGUUCCUGUACCUUACGUGUCUUGUCGUAACUUUUUUUAUUUCUAGCUCUCCAGUCUUUUCGUAAUUUUCUCUGCUGCCGAUGGGUCAGGUCAUUGAUGGAUUUUAUUUUGCCCUGUUCCUUCCGUCUUUGGUAUCUUUCUCUCUCUAACCUUUUAGCCUCUCCAUACCUUUCUAGAUUACUUUUUAGUGCUUCCCUAUACUUUCUUUCUAUACUCGUUGUUUCACCUUUUUCCUCUUUUUUUGCUCUCUCUCAUCUUCUCAUUAGUGCUUUUUUCUGCUUGGCCAUGCUUCUCUAAAAGUGAUGAAACAAAUGAAAAUCUCAUCUCCGUAACAUGAGUCUCACCUCCGUAACAGUAAAAAUGUUACGGAAGUGAGGUUACGGUUGUGAGAAUUUUUAUGGUUUUUAACUUCUCUUGCUCUCAUUUUAAUUAUUGUACUUUCGAUAAAGAAAUAUUAAGACAUUUGUUCAGGACGGCAUUCAAAAUUGGUUUUUCUCUUGGGAGAAUUUUGUUAUGUUUUUUUUUAGAAAAAAACUAAAAUUUGCGUUACAAUAGUGAGAAAAUUGAACUUACCUCAUACAAAAUUGGCAGUUGACCACGUGUAACUAUUUUGAUACGCGCAGGACAACUACUUCCUUCAGCCGACAAAUAUGAACUGAUCUCGUGGAUCCUUCUUGCAGUAAAUCAGACUCAUCCCCACUCUUUUAUGGCUGUAGUUUGAAAUAACGGCCCCAGUUACGGAGGUGAGAUGAAAAUCCGAGGACAUUUUAUAUUUCACAUAAUUUUACGAAAUGCAAUUUGAAUAUAAAAUGAAAAUGUAUUUUUUGCAAGAUUUUGAGUGUCUUUAAGUAUUGCUAGUACACAUAUCUCAAUUGGACAUUACUAAAUUUAAGAAUAAUUAGUCUAUAUCUCAUAACUUUUGUUUGGGGACUCGUUACGAACGUGAGAAAUGACAUUUGGCGAGGCAAAUAAAAUUAGGAAAUAAAUAAAAAAUUAGUAUUUUUGGUAUGCUUCAGUAAGAUCUAGUAGAGUACUGAAUAUUUUUGGUAUUUUGUUCUUAGUUUUACCAAAGUAAAGGAAAAAAAUCACUGAGGACACAAACAUCCCGUUUUUCAAAUAAUGACCCAUUUAGAAAAAUCCUUUAUCUGUAUCUAGAUGCUAAAACUAUACCUAUUACUGCAAUGGAAAACAAAGCAACCAUACUAUACUGAAACUUUUCAAAUAUCUGUGUGGCUCUCCCAUAGGUUACAGGGUUCUUAUGUAUGAUGUAUAAAUUAUUCUUACUGAUAUUAAAUUUACAAGAUAUGAAGAUGGAAUUUCGGGACUCGUUUUUUGGCCAUUUUUGUGGUGCUUAGCCCAUUUGACAAAAAAUGAGAACAGUGAAGAGAAUAUGUUUUGACAUUAUAGAAACAGUAUACUAGACAAAAUCAUUUAAUGUGGUAUGGGGUAUAAAAGAUGGCUUCAUUGUCGCAUGGAUGCUGGUGGUAAGUUCCUUAAAGAACUAUGACCUGACUACUAAGGGUUCUGGGACAUAAAUGAACCUCAGUGAUAAUGAGUAUAUGUAAUGGAAGAGGAAGGUGUCACUUUCAACAAUUUACAGGUUUUGUUUGUUAGUUCUGAAUGCUUGAGCUUAUACUGUGCCUAAAUCUGAAUGCACAUAUGAAACUACCAAAGUAGAUACACAUGCCCACACAUCCGGAUACGCGUGUAACCUGAGGAAACGAAGAUGGAGAGGGAAAAAAACGACACACGAAGUCCACAACCUACACAUUGUAGUAUAAAAUGGCUAGAUGACCUCGAAUUUUCAAGGAGACAUCUAACCACAACCACGCGGCCGGUUAUAGCCACUUGCUGUGGUACUUCAAGUCCAAAGGAUCUAUAAAGAGAAAAUGAUCAUGCGGAGAAAGGUAUAUAACAAAAAGUAGGAAAAUAAUGGGCAAAAUCCGCAAAAAGGAAGAUUUUCGAUUUUUUCCCUCUCUAUCUUCGUUUCCUGGGGCCUUUAGACAUUAUAUUAAAAAGCAUAUAGCGAACACACAUAAUUCUUUUUAACACAAUUUUUUUAUAAAGAACUCACUGAGGUAAAUCCACUAAUGUAUAUUUUAUUACUGUUCGCCAUAUGGCCCAUGGUUUUUUGCAAUGACAUAUGCUGACAGCUUACUGAAACUUCAUCAUUAUUCAGAUCAAUCACCCUAUUGACCCAUAAUUAAAACAUGUUUGUUGAACUUCUGAUUUAUUUUAUUUAUUAAACAGCUGUUGGGGCAGCCUUAAAUAUUGUAGUUUACUUCUCCAACAUAUUACAUAUGUGGCUUUACCUUUGACGUCUACUGAGGUGAACAGCUGAUCAGCAAGUUUUCUAUUAGUCGGGUGUAAAUCUAGUAAAACUUAUUUGUAGCGUUUGGUUUUUUGUAUGUGUAUCGUCUGCCCGUAGUAAAUAAAACAGAUUUUCAGUAUCGCACGCCGAGCUCUCACGUCUCCGUUCCUAACUGUACUGUCUCCCCGAAGUGCCUCCGCCGGGGUGAUACUGCUAGAAGCGGUUCCGCCACGCCCGAGCAUGUAUUUAUUGAAAUACCAAUACACUACAUCUCUCCCUUUUUAUAAAUUUUGAAAUAUAUAACAACUUAAUAAGUAUCUACAUGUAUCUUAAUCUAGUUACAUUAGAUAUAACAUUCUAUGAACAAAUAAACUAAAUAUGUCAAAUAUCAAGAGCUUACAAAGGAUCAAAGAGCUC